AAGCGGUCGUAUUGUGCGUUAUUCGCAAACGCACGUAAUCACACUCGUAGACGCUCUACCUUUAAUCCAAUUUACAUUAACAAUGACAAGUCGAUGACCUGAUUAAUUUAAAUGGGACGUGUUUUACUAACUAUGUGGUCGAUUGUUUUUCCUGUGUAAUGUCUUGGUGGAAAAUGUUGAAGGAGGAGGUGAAUUCGGAAAAAUGGUGAAGGAAUCUCGCGUAUGCGCUCAUGUUGGAUUUCUUUUUAUGACUUUUUAUGUUAUUGCUGUUAAUGGAUAUAUAGAAAUAGUCGAGGAACAGAGAUGUCACAAUACUAAGAUCCGGCUAACAUGUCGGGAUUUGGACGCUCACAUCGCAGUAUUAGAAGCUUGGUAUACAUCUAUACAAGAUUACCAAGUCAAUUCGAACGUAACACGAACGGAAGAAGUAAAUAUAAAAACGGAGAACGAUACAGAACUAGAUAAAGUCUAUGUGUACGCAAGCCCAAUGCAUAAUGGUGUGUACGAAUUAGUGAACAAUACUGGUUCUGAUAAUAUAACGGAUUUUGAUAACACUAGUGUAAGUGAUGUGACAAACGAAGUUUAUGGUUUAAAUGACACUGUGGAAGUUUUAAUGGAGUUUUUUAAUGCGAGUGAAAUGUGUAGUGUACUUACUUAUUCAAGGAGAUAUUCGAUUUUGAAUGUCAAUGAGAAGAGACGAGAUCCUAUCGUUAAAGGAUCCGCUGUGAAUUUACAAGCACCGUUAGGAAAUCGCUGCAACGGGGCCAGUCACUGUAGCUUUAUUCUGAAGAAAACACAUCCCCCAGCGGCGGAUUGGUCCCACGGCAUCGUGCAUGUCAAAUAUUCUUGCCUCGAUGAAAUCGUUGAAGAACAACGUUGCUAUGACAGCGAGAUCCGACUGACUUGCCGCGAACUUGACAGCCAUAUAGCGAUCUUGGAAGCUUGGUACACAUCCUUAGAAGACUAUAAACUAGAUCUGAAUGCUUCAGAUAAUUAUACUAUAAAGACAGAGAACGAUUUAGAGUUAGAUCGAGUGUAUGUGUACUCUAGUCCUAAACACAACGGUGUGUAUGAACUCACUAAUCAUUCAAUCGAUGUGAGUGAAGUGAACGAUACGAGAGUGACGGAGGUGAACGAUACAAUGGAUACAGUGGAUAUGAGGGUUGAGUUUGUGAACGGUAGUGAUGUGUGCAACUUGCUGUCGUAUACGAGGAGCUACGCAAGCUGGCACGACGGUGGCAGACGACGGCGGCCCCUAGCGAGGCCCACGUCAAUCAACCUGCGUCCACCGCUCAGUUAUCGAUGUACAGGAGUCAACCACUGUAAUUUCUUGCUGGAGGAAGACUACCCUCCAGCGGUGGCAUGGCCACCUGGUGUGGUGUCUAUUAAAUACGCAUGCUUUGAUGAUUCGUUAGCAGUACACUACUGCAACCGGGAGGUGUUUGUGGCGGCGUCGGGUCCAGACAGCGAGGGUUAUAUCCGGACACCCGGGUAUCCGCACUUCUACGUGGGAGAUGAGUGCCGGUGGCGGCUCAAAGCAGAUCCCGAACAGCGCAUCCAAAUCUCUAUACUGGAUGUCAGUUUAAGAAGUAUUGGUCCAUUCGAAGAUCAAUGUACAGAUUUCGUGUCUGUGGUGGACUCGAAUGGCGAAUCGCUGCUGUCCACUUGUGAGCAGGUGGAUUUACCUCUGAGGCUGACCUCCACGACGGAUGCCUUGGAGGUCAUAGUAGAAGCUAAAUCUCAAGGCGCCUUUCCAAAGAGAGGCGUUUUAUUACAUUAUAAGAGUUUGGGAUGUGUUACGUUACCAGCGCCAUCUGAUGGUUACCUCGUGUACCGUAACGAAGAUGUUGCGCACUACAUGUGCAAUGUGAACUUUGUUUUCGCCGAUACGCGACAAAGGGCGCGAAUGAUAUGGUGCUUUGAAGAUAACAGAUGGAAUGGGACAAUUCCAUUAUGUAUAGAAGAGACGACUAUAAAGGUCGUCGGGAACGAUUCUGUUUCGGAAGGUCCAGAUAAAGAUACAAAACUGCCGCACAACGAGGCAAACAUGAUAGUCGACAUCGUGAUCCCGUCGCUGUUGAUAGCGGCGUUGUUCAUUGGCAAUGCAUUCAUCGUGCUCAUUAUAUAUAAAUACAGAAAACGAAAAACCGAAGACUUGGAAGAUGAAUUCAACACUAUUCCAUUGAACGUGAACGGAAUGCAUAGCGCGGGGAACGCGGUGUAGCGAGGAUACCUAAAUUUUGCGGAUUUUGUUUACAAUUUCAUUAAUUCAUACCUACAUUUAGAAGUAGUAUAACCCAGGCAAAUACAAUAGGACGUAGAUAUAUUUAUGUAAUACUAUAUCUUUAGACAACACCGUAUUAAGCAAAACAAAAUUGAGAUUUUUUUCAUGACGCUAUUUUGCAAAUCUUAAAAGAAAAUAUGUUUCGUAAAAAUAGAUUUAAAAGAUACACUAAGACAAAUUUGACGGUAGUUGAAAGAUGUAAAUAGACUAUAGUGGUUUUUUAUUCAUACCUUGUAAGCAACUUCCGCAAAUAACCAAUAGACAUACCAAGCUUAAAUCGUCCUCUCUUAGAUUGUCUGUGUCUACUGUUAAGGCUCAUUCACAUUAAAAUCGCGUUCUGUGAUGCGUUUUCAUCCGAUACUAUAAUCGCCAUCGUAUCGCCAUCGAAAAAAUUUAUAUUAAAAUUUGAUCAUCGCCCCCUAUCGGUCAACAAACAACAAAAAUCUCAUACUACUUUUGACGUAAUUGACGAUAACGAUACGUAGGCGCUUUUCGCAAAUAUUCCUGCUAGGCAAGUUCAGACGAAGUGUAAGAUGUUGCGUUCGUAUGUGAAUUUUAACGCAAAUUGAAAUCUUAACAGAGUAUUAAGAGCAUUUAUGUUUCGAUGAUUUGAUCUUUUAACAAAUAACAAUAAUUCUCAUAUUAUCCAUAAAGUGUUAACUGUAUACCAAAGAUAAUUAUGCCAAAGUAGAAGAGCAAUCUUUAAAUAAACGCACCGCGCUCACGAAUUUAUUGUGAAUGUAGUCUUAGUUCUAAGUUACCUUAUUUAUUUGUUAAUAGUU